UACGUUCUCGUAUGAGCACUUUCCUCUCCAUUCCCACCAUUUCAGCCACUUUCGAGCUUCUCUAUUGCCGAUUUUCUCAUUCUAAAAUCCCCAUUUUUCUCAAAAUCUCCUUUUUAUUUAACAGGAACUCGUCUAGGGUUCGGAUCUCCAAUGGCCGAUUUUCAGACAUCAACUCAUCGAUCGACGUGGAUUUUCACACCGCAGGAUUUGUUGGAAAAAUAUCAAGCUUCAAAUCAAAGAGCUAUAAAAACACUUGAGCAGUAUGGAGCCACACGUUUGGAAGUAGAUGUUGAUGGGUCAUUAUCAUACCCCAAACCACAAUUUGAAGGAAAAGAUAAUGUUGUUGAUCGGCAUUCCCUUCCAAAACCACUUAAUGCUGAAGAGGAGCAACUUAUGCGGGUGUUCUAUGAGCACAAAAUUCAAGAAGUCUGUGGAGCUUUCGGAUUUCCACAUAAAAUUCAGGCAACAGCUAUAAUAUACUUUAAAAGGUUCUACUUACAAUGGUCAGUAAUGGAGCAUCACCCGAAACACAUAAUGCUAACUUGCGUAUACGCAUCUUGCAAGGUGGAGGAAAAUCAUGUAUCAGCUGAGGAGCUUGGCAAGGGGAUUCAACAGGAUCAUCAAGUGAUCCUCAAUAAUGAGAUGAUUGUUCUUCAGAGUCUUGGAUUUGAUCUUAUUGUUUUUGCCCCGUAUCGGUCAAUUGAAGGCUUUGUUGAUGAUAUGGAGGAUUUCUGCCAAGCCACGGAUGGCAAGGUACAAAAGUUUAAGGAUUUGCGAGAAACUGCGAAGUUGGAGGUAGAUAGAACUAUGCUAACUGAUGCGCCACUUCUCUUUCCCCCUGGACAGUUGGCAUUGGCUGCCUUGCGUAGGGCAACUGAGGUACACAAAGUUCUCGAUUUUGAGAGAUACUUGGAGAGCAUUUUCUCCCGACAACGUUCUACCCACACUAUAUCCGAGCUAAUUGGAUCUCUGAAUGCCAUUGAUUCUUGGGUGAGGGAACUCAAAAUACCCACAGCAAAAGAUAUGAGGCAUAUUGAUCGAAAAUUGAAGAACUGUUGGGAUCCGAGCUCACAAGACGAUAGUAAGAAACGUGAGAAGAGAUCAAAACACAAGUCCAAAAGAAGCUCGAAUGAAGGGCAAGCAGCACCUUCAAUAUUGUAAAACUACUUGGCUGUAUUUGGGAAAGGAGCUUGACAUGCAGGGAAAUUACAAAUUAGCAGCUGAAGAACUCAGUGUAGCAGAAAACCCAUCUCAAUUUAGAAUCCUUUUACAGGAUUAGAAAAAAUAGCUUGUAUGAACAGCAUUGCUUGCUUUGGUAUUGUUAGGUUGAAGGAAAUGCAUUCCAAAAGUGUUUUUGAGUGUUUGGUCAUGACCUAACAUGUUCUUGGGCACCCAUGCUGCAAUGAUUUUAACUGAGAGGGCUCUGUGGUGAUUGCCAUAAGCUUGUACAUUCUGAUGGGAAAUUUGGCUUGGAUGUUGA